GGCGCGGCGCGGCCGGGGCUGGGGCCGGGGCUGAGAAGCCGCGGCGGGCGGCGCAGAGCGGCGGCGGCGGGCGGGCGGCGAGCAGCGAGCUCGGCGGGCCCGGGCAGCGGGCGCUCCGCCCUCGGUGCGCGGGGCCUCCCCUCUCCGCGCCCGCGGAGCGCGGCGCCCGCCUAUAUCUACGGCCGCGGCGGCGCGGCGCCCGCAAGGAUGUGAGGCGGGCGGGCAGCCCAGCCGCCGCCGCCGUGGCAUGCCCCCCCGCGCCCGGAGCCGUCGGCGCGGCGCCUAGCCGCGGCUCCGCGGGGCCAUGCUGCCCUGGAAGCGGAGCAAGGUGGAGCUGGCGGCGGGCGAGGCGCGGCGGCAGAGCAAGCCCAAGGGGUACGCGGUGAGCGUGCACUACUCGGCCCUCACCUCGCUGGCCCGCGCCUGCCCCGAGAGCGCCCUGCACCGCGUGGGCAGCAUGUUCCGCUCCAAGCGGCGGAAAUUUCGCGUCACCAGCGAAGACCCCACGUAUACUGUGCUCUACCUGGGCAACGCUACCACCAUCCAGUCCAAGGGUGAGGGCUGCACCGACCUGGCCGUCUGCAAGAUUUGGAGCAAGAGCGAGGCGGGCCGGCAGGGCACCAAGAUGAAGCUGACCAUCAGCGCGCAGGGCAUCCGCAUGGCACACGCCGAGGACAAGGGGCUGCGCCGUCCCGGCCACCUCUACCUGCUGCACCGGGUCACCUACUGCGUGGCCGACCCGCGCCUGCCCCGUGUCUUCGCCUGGAUCUACCGCCACGAGCUGAAGCACAAGGCGGUGAUGCUGCGCUGCCACGCCGUGCUAGUCUCCAAGCCCGAGAAGGCGAAGGCCAUGGCCCUGCUGCUCUACCAGACUUCGGCCACGGCACUGGCUGAGUUCCGCCGGCUGAAGAAGCGGGACGACGCGCGGCACCAGCAGCAGCAGCUGGUGGGCGAGCAGAGCAUCCCGCUGGUGCCGUUGCGCAAGCUGCUCAACGGGCAGUGCUGCUACAAGCCGCCGGUAGAGCGGAGCCGCAGCGCGCCCAAGCUCGGCUCCAUCACGGAGGACCUGCUGGGCGAGGAGCAGGAAGAGCGGGCCAUGCACUGCGACUGCGAAGACAUCCUGGAAGCGCUGGGCGAGCCCGAGGGCGAGCUGCUGCGCCCCAGCACCGGCCGCGGCGAGAGCCCGGAGCUGGGCCAGCUCCUCCGCGACCUGGGCGAGCUCAGCCUGGGCAACGACCUGCGCUCGCUGCGCGCCGACCUGCGCGUCCGCCGCCUGCUUUCCGGGGAAAGCACGGGCAGCGAGUCCUCCCUGGAGAGCGGCGGCACGGACGGGGCCGCCCCGCCCGGCAGCGACGCCGAGCAGCCGCCCCCCGGCGACCCCGAGACCGGCUGAGCUCUCGAGCCCACACGGGCGUGCGCGGUGCCGCCGGGGCGCACCGGCUUCCCUCCGGGAAUGCACGGCCCCGCCGGGGCGCACCGAGUUCCUUCUGACCCCUCCGGGAGUUCACGGUCCCUGCCGGGAGCGCACGGCCCCAGCGGGGCGCACUGGGCUCCCUCCGGGAAUGCACGGUCCCUUCCGGGCGUGAGCGGCGCCGCGGGGGCGCUCCGGGUUCCCUCCGGGAAUGCGCGGCCCCGCCGGGGCACACCGGGUUCCUUCCGGCCUGUCCUGGAAUGCACGGUCCCUUCCGGGCGUGCACGGCCCCACCGGGGCGCACCGGACCCCUCCGGCCCCGCCGAGGCCCCUCGGAGAAUUCGCGGUCCCGCCGGUUCCCCGCGGUGCCCCCGCGUCCCGCAGCAUCCCGGGGAGCGGCCGCCCCUCCCGUGCCGGUGCCGGUGGUCGCCGGAGCCGGACCCCAACUCGUCGCGGCCCGGGGAGGGGAGGCGGCCGCGGGCUGUUUACCUCCGGCUCAGCCCUUGAAGAUCUGCCAAAUUCCUGGAAUAGCUUUCCCCGGGGAGGGCGGCGGGAGGGAGGUGUUGCGCCUUGUUUACAGUCAGAAAUCUCACAUCCGAGAGGCCCCCCCGCCGUUUUCUCCAUUAAAGUCACUCCAUCGUGCUGUCGUGUCCAAGAGGUUUGCACUGUUGUGAAGUUGGAUUUUUUUUAAUUAUUGUUUUUAAGUUAGACCUUUUUUUUUGGGCCCCGGUCCUGUCCCCAGUCUCGAUGCUCUAGAUCUUUUGCUGUGCAAAAGAAGACUACUUGUGGCUGUUCACCUGUACAUAGGGAAAUGUAUGCAAAUACAUUUUGUUAUUUUUAAGAACACCACCAUUUCGAUCUCCUCUGUUUGCACAUAUGUGAAGAAAAUAAAGAUGAUGGUAACUUAAAAGAAACAA